AUGUCACACAGAGAUUUGAAAAAAUCUUACCCUUCUUCGACCACCCGUAUCCUACAUCCGCAAUCCCCGCAUUUUGUCACCGACGACAUAUUCGAUUAUGUUGCAAAAGGAAAAUCUGGAGGUGGGGCAUUUUUCCUUGAUGGUCACCGCAAAGUACACUACGUUCUAGUUUUGACCAGACCACAAGCGUAUUAUCACAACGUUUUAAUCAACAAAGUGAUCAGUAAGUUGGAAGAUUAUGGUUUGGAGAUUGAGCAGGAUUUAGGAAUUACAAUUCCUGUGGUAUUUAUAAAGAUACACAUAUCAGAAGAAGUGACCAAAGAGUAUUUGGACACCUACGAUGUACAACCUGAAUUUUUACUUGAUUUCGAAUACAAGGAUAGUAAUCCUGAUCAAUUUUCUGUAUUUAAAACGCCUUUGGAAAAUAGAAAUGUAUUUCAUGAAUUAGAGACGGAAGCGCUGACGAGGAACAAGCUAAAAAUCAUUAUUUGUAUAUUGGAGAAGGUUCAAUACGGACCUGAAGAAGAUAUGCGGGGUAUCGAUAAGUUAAAAAACAGAGGCAUAUUUCUAGAUCAUUACCCUCUACAUGAUGGUCCAAUUCAAGUGGAGUACUGGCACAAUGACGACCUUAUAAAUGACAGAACUUUAUUAGCUAAAUAUUGGGCGAAUUUCUCAUGUUGGUACAAAAUGACACCUUUAGAUUUGAUACAUAAGUAUUAUGGAUCUGAAAUUGCUUUUUGUAUGGCCUGGUGUCAGUCCUAUGAUUUCGCUAUGUUAUUACCUGUUUCUAUUGUGGGAGUUGUAGUGUUCUUUUUCAAUUACAUCAGAAUAAGAAAUUAUCCACCUGUUGACUUAGCUGAACUCUGCGAUGCAGAAGAAAUGUUAUGUGGAUUUUGUCAUCACAAAACCGGAUGCAAAAUGUAUAAAAUUAAAGAUCACUGUAACGAAUUCAAAAACAUUCGUUACUUGGAGAACGUAUGGAAUAUUAUUUUUUCAAAUUUUGUAAUAAUUUGGGCACUUAUUUUUAACAAAUAUUGGCAAAGAAAAGAAUAUUAUUUAAGGCGCCGAUGGAAUCUUUUGGAAGUUUCCUUGCAAGAGGAAAUAGAAGUAAGAUUGGGUUACAAAGAAAAGGCAAAGAGAGUAGUGGAAGGUAACCGAGUAAAUUUCGAGAUAGACAGAAAUCGAAAAUUUAUUAGAAUUCUCUUCGCCGCAAUAUUGUACGUAUGUUGUAUAGGAAUAAUAGUGGGAUUUAUAUUUUGGAAACAAAUUAUAAUGAUUGCUAUAGAAUUAUUUAUUACACCCUUUACCCAUUUUGAUGCAGGUGUAAUGAUCGCUGGAUGUGGAUACACAUUACAGGCAAUAUUUACUAUGACAUAUUCCAAAAUUGUUGUCGGUAUUGGUGCAAAACUUACUGACAUCAUCGUUCCAAAAACUCAAGGGAAUUACGAUCGACUAAUCCUGUUUUUAACAUUCACAUUAGAUACGAGUAACAAUUAUUUGCCCUUAAUUCAUACAGGGUUUUUAAGGAAUAUGCACCACAAUGUGCCAACGGAGCAUGGAUUGCCUAUAUUCCAUACUGAUUACUGUGAUCCAUGUCCAUGUUUAUUAGAUGUAUACAUACAGUACGCAGUACUACUUAUUAUGAAAACAUUUUGUGAAAAAAUAUGUGUUAUACUAUUACCAAAAAUAAAGAAAACAGUACUAACUUACAUGAAAGAAAAUCUAAAGAAAGAAGAUAUGCCACAAUACGAAGAAGAAUACAAAUUAAAUUCUACUACCACAUAUAUGGUAAACAUGUUCUUAUCAACAAAAGCAAUACAAUUGGGAUUGAUUUUGGCUUUUGUAUUUUCGUUUCCUCUGGCACCGCUUUGUGCCUUAAUUCAUAACACUUUAGCAUCCAAAAUAGAUGCUAAUACACUUGUGUAUCAUACUAGAAGACCAGCUCUAAAGAAAAGAGUAUAUGGAGUUGGAGUGUGGAAUAGAAUAAUAUUUUAUUUAAUAAUAGUAGGAGGUGUCCUUAACAUUACUUUAAUUUGCUUCAUUAGUGACGUUUUAGAUAGAGCACUCUUAGCAUAUAACCACAAUGAACUUACAUAUACCAGAUAUUAUAUAUUUUCAAUUUUUCAGCCCCGACAAGCUUUUUCCAAUAUUUCAGGGGAUAAUUAUUGUCUUUUCCGAGGUGAAACAAAUCCUCCACAUCAUACGGAUCAGUAUGAAAUCAGCAAAUUUGGUAGACAGACACUGUUAAGGAAAUCUCAAAUUAUUUUUUUCUUUGAAAUAAUCAUGUUUGUUAUCUUCGUUAGUUUGGAUGCACUAAUACAUACAGUACCGCUAAAUGUGAAGAAGAAUUGCUUCAUAGAUAGAACAAACUUGGACAACCCCUUCAAUAAAAAGUUUAAUAAACACAUUGAUUCAUUGUUUACAGAAACACCAGGUACAACAUUACAAGUAAACAAAUCAGCUUUGAAUAGAUUACAAAUAGUCGAGGAUGAUGAAGAAUCUGAAGAUGAGAGUGAAGAAGAGGAAUCAGAUGAAGAAUCUAGCCUAAGUUUUGAUGAGAAUGAAAGUCUGGGAUAUAAACAUAGAAAUGCUAAUGCUCUAGGCGAAGAGUACUCAGAUGAUUUUGAAUUGGAAGAUCCGUUCACAGUAGAAAAAAACUGAUUUUUUUAUAUUAUAAUCUUACAUUAUGCCAUUAUUAUAAUUAUAAUAAAAUGUAUUUUUACAUUCGUAUAAAUUAUAAA